AUGGCUUUGCUGUGUGGCCUUGGGAGCGGCGGCAUGGAGGCUCUCACCACCCAGCUGGGGCCAGGACGCGAGGGCAGCUCCUCGCCCAACUCCAAGCAGGAGCUACAGCCUUACUCGGGCCCCAACGCUCUCAAACCCAACCAGGUGGGCGAGACAUCGCUGUAUGGGGUGCCUAUCGUGUCACUGGUCAUCGAUGGCCAGGAGCGCCUGUGCCUGGCGCAGAUCUCCAAUACGCUGCUCAAGAACUACAGCUACAACGAGAUCCACAACCGCCGCGUGGCCCUGGGCAUCACCUGCGUGCAGUGCACACCGGUGCAGCUGGAGAUCCUAAGGAGGGCCGGGGCCAUGCCCAUCUCGUCGCGCCGCUGCGGUAUGAUCACCAAGCGCGAGGCCGAGCGUCUGUGCAAGUCGUUCCUGGGCGAGCACAAGCCCCCCAAGUUGCCCGAGAACUUCGCCUUCGAUGUGGUGCACGAGUGCGCUUGGGGCUCGCGCGGCAGCUUCAUCCCCGCGCGCUACAACAGCUCGCGCGCCAAGUGCAUCAAGUGCGGCUACUGCAGCAUGUACUUCUCGCCCAACAAGUUCAUCUUCCACUCGCACCGGACGCCAGACGCCAAGUACACCCAGCCCGACGCCGCCAAUUUCAACUCGUGGCGCCGCCACCUCAAGCUCAGCGACAAGUCGGCCACGGAUGAGCUGAGCCACGCCUGGGAGGACGUCAAGGCCAUGUUCAACGGCGGCACGCGCAAGCGGACUUUCUCCCUUCAAGGAGGCGGUGGCAGCGGGGGCGCCAGCGGUGGGGCGGGCGGGCAGGGGAAAGGGGGUGCCGUCGGCGGAGGCCCGGGGUGCGGCGCCGAGAUGGCACCAGGCCCUCCACCCCACAAAAGCCUGCGCUGUGGCGACGACGAGGCUGCGGGACCCCCGGGGCCGCCGCCUCCUCACCCGCAGCGGGGACUGGGCCUGGCGGCCACAGCCAAUGGCCCAACCGGCCCUGGAGGACCGGGGGCAGGUACCGGUGUGCGUAGCUACCCGGUGAUCCCGGUGCCCAGCAAGGGCUUUGGGCUCUUGCAGAAGCUGCCCCCGCCACUCUUCCCGCAUCCGUACGGUUUUCCCACGGCUUUCGGCCUAUGCCCCAAAAAGGACGACCCAGUGUUGGGCGCUGGCGAGCCCAAGGGAGGUCCGGGCGCUGGCGGAGGCGGCGGCGGCGGUGGUGGCGGCGCGGGCACUGGUGGUGGUGCGGGCGGCCCCGGGGCCGCACAUAUGGCUCCGGGCACAGGGGCAGGCCCGGGCGGCGGCGCCAUGUUCUGGGGACAUCAACCCUCCGGGGCCGCGAAGGACGCGGCGGCGGUGGCUGCAGCGGCCGCCGCCGCCACGGUGUACCCGACGUUCCCCAUGUUCUGGCCUGCGGCGGGCAGCCUGCCGGUGCCACCCUACCCGGCUGCGCAGAGCCAGGCCAAGGCCGUAGCGGCCGCCGUGGCAGCAGCAGCGGCAGCGGCGGCGGCGGCCGCGGGGGGUGGCGGUGGCGCCGGCGGCCCGGAGCCCCUGGACGGUUCCGAGCCAGUUAAGGAAGGCGGCCUGGGCGCGGAGGAGCGCUGCCCGAGCGCUCUGUCCCGCGGGCCGCUGGACGAGGACGGAGCGGAUGAAGGGCUGCCUCCACCCCUGGCUCCGCUGGCGCCGCCGCCACACGCACGCAAAGGCUCCUACGUGUCCGCCUUCAGGCCCGUGGUCAAAGACGCCGAGAGCAUCGCGAAGCUUUACGGGAGCGCCCGCGAAGCGUACGGAGCAGGACCUGCUCGGGGGCCUGGGCCGGGCACCGGGACCGGAGGCGGCUACGUGAGCCCGGACUUUCUGAGCGAGGGCAGUUCCAGCUACCAUUCUGCCUCCCCCGACGUGGACACGGCGGACGAGCCCGAGGUGGACGUUGAGUCCAACCGCUUCCCCGACGACGAGGGCGUCCAGGAAGAGCCUGCACCCAGCGCGCCUAGCACCACCAGCGGCCCGGACGCCGAUCCGGCCGCCGGGCCCCCUUCUGCCACCUCCUCGGGCGCGGACGGCUCUGCAGACUCUCCCGAGGCCGGCAGCCCCCGCCCCCGGCGUCCCCGCCUGGGACCACCUUCUGCCAGCCGGUCCGCCUUUGGGGACCUGGCGGCCGACGACGCGGUGCGGAGACCGGAGAGGACCCCACCGAGCGGUGGCUACGAUCUGCGCGAGCCAUGCGGGCCCCUGGGGGGCUCCGCAUCCGCCAAGGUGUCCGCGCCGGAGAGAGACGAGUACGCCAAGAGCGCGGCGGCGCUGGGGCCCGCGGCCUCCUACCUCUGCGCCCCCGAGGCCCACGAGCCAGAUAAGGAGGACAAUCACUCGACAGCCGACGACUUGGAAGCCCGGAAAUCCUACCCAGACCAAAGGAGCAACUCUCAGCCAAGUCCUGCAAACACAGAGCGAGGAGAAGAUGGGCUCACCCUGGAUGUCACUGGAACUCAGCUGCUGGAGAAAGAUAUUGAAAACCUGGCCAGAGACGAAUUGCAGAAGCUCCUCUUAGAGCAAAUGGAGCUCCGAAAGAAGCUGGAGCGGGAAUUUCAGAGUCUCAAAGAUAAUUUUCAGGAUCAAAUGAAGAGGGAAUUGGCUUAUCGAGAAGAAAUGGUGCAACAGCUGCAAAUUGUCAGAGAUACUCUGUGUAACGAACUUGACCAGGAACGGAAGGCACGCUAUGCCAUACAGCAGAAAUUAAAAGAAGCCCAUGACGCCCUGCACCACUUCUCCUGCAAGAUGCUCACGCCCCGCCACUGCACAGGCAACUGCUCCUUCAAACCCCCGCUGUUGCCCUAG